AUGACAAUUGAAGAGCAAAAUAAAGCAAUCGUCGCCAAAUAUUUUGACGAGUACUGGGCCAAAGGAAAUGUAUCAAUUGUCGAUGACCUUUGCUCGGAUGACUUUUUGAUGGUCUAUCCUAAUCACGGCCCACGUCACGGUAAAGCAGGCGCCAAAAAAAUGCUCUCUGAGUUUCGAGAGGCUUUUCCAGACCUAACUUUUCGAGCCUACGGAUCCCCCAUGAUUGCCGAAGGCAACUAUGUCGCCGCUCAGUGGAUUGGUGGCGGUACACACACCGGUGUCGCUUUCGACGAUCUCGUUGUAGGCAAACUGGCAAAGCCAAAUUCUGGAAAAAAGAUUCACUUUUCGGGGAUAACCAUUUUCACCCUUGAAAAUGGAAAAAUUACCCGAGAGAUUGCGGAAGAAGGAGGACUCACUGUUUUGCAGCAACUGGGUUUAGUUUCGCAACCAAAUCUGGGAAAAGAAAUAAAGUAUGACGCCAAUGGAGACCAAAUAUAUAUCUAG